AUGACCCUAUGUCACCUGCUGAUGCACACCUCUGGACUUGGCUACGGUCCGGGAUCGAUAACACCGGGUGUUCCUUUGGUGGCGAGAUCGGCAGAGGAAAAGCAUUACAAGAGCCUGACAGUGAGGCAGGAAGAGGGUGACAUCAACAGCCUCGAAAAGCUUUGCGUGGAGUUGGCACGUCUACCGCUGCUGCAUCAGCCAGGAAGCAACUAUGCAUAUGGGAUGAGCCUCGAUGUCCUCGGACAUGUCAUGGAGAUUGUGACUGGGCAGCCGCUUCGAAAGAUCAUCCAAACUCGUGUAUUGGAUCGGGUUGGUAUGCGAGAUACCAGCUUCAUGGUGCAGCGCUCCAGAACUGCACACCUAGCCGGAUACUACCGCCUGAUGAAGGACAAGGGUGUAUCCAAGCGUUGGCUGCAGCGGCUGGACGGGUCCAGAGCAGAAGACAGCAUGUACGUGAAAGGCUCAGCAGCCGCCUACGCUGGCGGCGUGCCAGCAGCCGGCGGUCUGUGGGGCGCCGGUCGCUCUACAAUGCUCUUCUCUCUGCGGGACGUGCUGCUGUUUUGUCAGAUGCUGCUGAACAGGGGACGAUCGGUGUCCGGAAAGCGGGUUUUGAAGACAGAGACGGUGCGCUCGCUUGUUGGCGACUGGCUGCGGCUGAAGCGUGCCUCUGACACGCCCGACCCGGAGGGCUGGGGAAGCGACGAUGUGGGAUGGUCCCCCUUGGGCAACAUCGAAAGAUACGGACCGCAUGCCGGGGCUCUCUACAUGGGAGGCAUGAGCUACUUUUGGCUGGAUCCGCGUCGCAACAUCGCUGCGGCGAUCAUGACAGAGACCUACUGGCAGGUUGAUCCACUGGGCUGGAAAGCUGAGCUGGACGACCUCGACCAG